GUCUAUCUUACAAGGGGAAGUAGCUGCAGUGGAAUUGGCUGUUGCUUCUAUUCAUGGGGCUCGCACACGCAAUGGAGAUUAGAUUUCUUCCCAUGCAAACAGUGGAGGAAUGGAGUCCGGAGAGAACGGAGGAGGACGGCACCCAGAAGAGACAAUCAUGACAGAGGAGAUUAUCGAUUCAUACAUCUGUGGUAGCGAGGUGGUGGCCGAUUCAAUGUCCCCUGAAAAUAUGAGCGGCCAAAGAAGAUGAGACGCAGAGGGAGUGGUCGUCUCAAAAUCACAGGGCUCCUGCUGGACACGAAAGGAAGUUUACUUGUGAUCUAAUCUAUUAUUUUGUGACUCUGUAUAAUGGUAGCACAUAAUGGAGUAAACGAGUCUUCAUGUGAAAUUGACAAGUGAUUAUGACAUGCAAAGCAUCAGAUAUCUUCAUUUUUCUGGUUCAGGAUCCCAUGUGUGAUUCAACAAUUAAUUGGUGUCCAUGUUAAAAUUUGCAGAAUUAGGAUCAGUUAGGAUGCAGAUGAGAGGGAGAACAAUCCCAGCAGAGUGCCUCCUGCGCUUGAGGCUUCGAUACAUUCUUAUGCUGAUAACAAGGCAGGUACUGUUGUUAAUCCAGCUAGCUUCGCUUCCGUCGAAGAAGUAUAUGAGUUUUACAACUUGUACUCUUUGGGAGACUGACUUUGGUGUCCGGUAUGCAAAGAGCCAGACUCAAUGUCCAUGGGAUAAAGUGCAUGCAUGCGCGGGUAAACCACUGCAGUCCAAUAGCAGAUCAAAACGGUGUGGCUGCACUGCUAUGAUGUGGCUACUGAGAUCGGAUGAUAACGGUUCGUACGGGUGCGAGCAUAGGAUUGCGUCGCUGUGGGUCAUGAUCUUGAAGAGGGUUGCGGCCACUUCGACCCCUUGUUGGCGUUAAUCCCACCGAGCCAUGCAGCAAGUUAUGAAUCGGAGCACAUGUUCGACGAUAUUUGACGGCGCUGCGGCAAUUGAUGGUGCAUGCUCUGAAGACGAAGAAGUCACGAACAAGCCUGCCAAAAAAGCCAGGAUAGUUUGACCGCCUAGUGUAGAUUUUAGAGCAGGAUUGGUUAGCCCUGUUUCAUAUCUUGUGCACGAUAUACUGGUGUGUGACUUGUCCUAGUAAUUGCCUAUGUA